GGCGGGGCUCGGCGAAAGGCUAAUUGCUUCCUGUGUUCUAUCAUGACACAGCUGGACCCCAGGCAAAGAAACAUGGAUUUGCAGUUAUCAUUUUGUGUCGAAUUGUUGGAUUUUGAGAGCUGCAAAUUUAUAGACAUCCAACACAAACUUCAAAUUCAAAGGGAUUUGUGACUUCACCUGCCUCUCAAUAAGAAUCAUGUCUUGUAGUGGGUAUAUGACAGCUCCAGUGUGUCUCAUUGAAAAUGAUGAAAAUGGGAAGCUGUGUGUGAGGAAUGAUGCCAAAGAAAUUCUGGAUGGGAUCAAGGAGCCGGUGGUUGUGGUGUCUGUGGUGGGACUCUACCGGACGGGGAAGUCCUACCUGAUGAACCGCCUGGCAGGACAACAGUCUGGCUUUGCUCUCGGCAACACUAUUGAGUCAAAGACCAAAGGCAUUUGGAUGUGGUGUGUCCCUCACCCCACUAAAAAAGGACACACCCUGGUGCUGCUGGACACAGAGGGACUUGGAGAUGUAAAGAAAGGUGAUUCUAAGAAUGAUGGCUGGAUUUUUUCUCUGGCUGUUCUGCUCAGCAGCACUCUGGUGUACAACAGCCGUGGCACCAUCGAUAACAAUGCAGUGGAAAAUCUGCACUACGUUACAGAGCUCACUGAGCAGAUCAAGAUCAGCUCAGCAGAAGCAGCAGACGAGGAGGAAGAGGAGAACUCUAACUUUGUGCGGUUUUUCCCAUCAUUCAUCUGGGUGGUUAGAGAUUUUACCUUGGAUUUGGAAAUUAAUGGAAACCGAGUGACAGAGGACGAGUACCUUGAGUUUGCCCUUGAUCUGAAGAAAGGUGUGAGUAAGAAAAUUAGUGACUACAAUCUGCCUCGUGAAUGUAUCCAGCAUUAUUUCCCUAGCCGGAAGUGUUUUGUUUUCCCAUUUCCUGUUACCUCCCAAGAAGACAUGACACGCCUAGAGAGCUUACAGGAGCAGGACCUUGCACAAGCUUUUCUAGAGGUCACAGGUCAUUUCUGUGACCACAUCUUCAUCAAUAGUGCAGUAAAAACACUGAAAGGAGGACACAGAGUUACUGGCAAAUUGCUUGGGAAUCUGGUGCAGAUUUAUGUGGAUACAAUCAGCAGUGGUGAAGUGCCUUGUCUGGACAAUGCAGUGGUUGUUUUGGCAAGUCUAGAGAACCAGGCAGCUGUUCAGGACGCUUUAAAAGCAUAUCAGAGUGGGAUGGAAGAGGUGAAGAAUACAUUCCCAGUCAGUACAGAAAAUUUUACCUGUGAGCACCAGAAAUUCAGCAGUCUGGCCACCUCUAAGUUUAUAAAACGCUCAUUCAAAGAUGAAAAGGGGGAAUACCUGAAAUCACUGGAGGAAGCUAUAAGUAUGAAGUACAUAGACUUGAUGGAAGAGAAUGAGAUGGCGUCAGAGAGAAAGUGCAGAGAUCUGCUGAAGAAUCUGUUCUCUGACAUGAAUAAACGGCUGCAGAAUGGAGAGUACAUUAAGUCUGGAGGAUAUGAACUCUACUGCAGAGACAGAGACGCCAUCGUUGAGCAGUACCGCAGAGAACCCAACAAAGGUGUAAGGGCUGAGGCUGUGCUAAAUGAGUUUCUGAAUGAGCGAGGAGCUGAAGCAAACAGCAUCCUCCACAUGGACACAAAACUCACUGAAAAUGAGAGACAAAUUAAAGAGGAGAAGGAGAAUGCUGCUCUGCUGGAACAGAAAUGUAAAGAGGAAGAGGAGAAAAAAAUUGAGAGAGAACGAAUGAUUGUGGCAGAGAAUGAACGACAUAAGGACAUGGUGAGGCAGAUGGAGGAGAAGUUCAAACAGGAGAUGGAACAGCAGCGGCAGGAGAUGGACAGAGCCAUUGAGAGCAAAGUGAAGGAGCAGGAGGAGAUGCUAAACAAAGGCUUUAAGGAGAGAACUAAAAAUCUUGAAGAAGAAAUUAAGAAGUUAAAUAAUGAAAAGGAACGCAUACAUGGUGGUGGCAUUUUUAAGGAUUAUGUGAUGCCAUUUCUCUGUCCUCUUGUAGAAAUGGUUCCCAACCUCCUUAUGCAGCGAUCAAUGAUGAAAUGCUUUAAAAAGGGAUUUAACCGUUAAAAACUUCAUACAGAACAAUCUGACUCAUCUUCAUUCUAACUGUAGCCUUCAAAGAGUAACAAAAGCAUGAGCUUUAUAGGCUAGGUAAAUGAGCUGAUAAUUCUUGCAUCCUUGAAAGUGCAGUUUGUAAAUUCUGCACCAUUAGUGACACCCAUUGAAUUUGCAAAAUGUGAAGGGCUUGUUAUUUAGUUCACUUUCCAUUGUUUGGUCAAAAAGUUCCUUUCGGCUCAAAUUUACACAAUUUAGUGGUGUAGAAAUAAUGCAUUACAUUCACACACACACACACACACACACACACACACACACACACACACACACACACACACACACACACACACACACACACACACACACACAAAGGCAUUUGGAGUUGGUUUGAAUUGAUUGUUGGUGCCAUUGAUCGGACAAACAGGAAGUCCUGUCCCAAAAUCAUUCCAUUGGCAUUAAGUGAAUUUUUUUAUUUUUUUAUUUUUUUGUGUAUUGUAUUAUUGUUCUUUUUAAAAAGAGUGCUUAAACCUGAUAUAUUAUGACAACACUUUUUUUGCAACUUAUUUCAAUAUUGUGAUAAUACUGAAUACCAUGAUAAAAUCUUCACCAAUUAAUUGCAACAUGAAAAUUUGAUACCAUCACACAUGACUAAUCUCUAAUAAUGAGCUCAUGAGGUGAAUCAGAUGUGUUAGAUGAGGAGACACACAAAAUGUGCAGUGCUCGGGGGGCUCCAGUGCUUUUGGUUUGAAAAACCACUGCUUAGAUCAGGGGUGUCCAAAGUCGGUCCUGGAGGGACAAUGUUCUGCAGAGUUUAGCCCCAACUUGCCUCAACACACCUUCCUGGAAGUUUCUAUGCCUAGUAAGACCUGGUUCAGGUGUGUUUAAUUGGGGUUAGAGCUAAACUCUGCAGGACUGUGGCCCUCCUGGAGCAGGAUUGGACAACCCUGGCUUAGACUAUAAAAGAUCAUAGAAGAAUGUGGCUCAAAGUCAUUCAUAGGUUGCCACCUACUGGUGUAACUGUUAAAUAUACAGGUAGGGUCAUUGAACUAACUAGUUACAAUUUCUUUUGAGAUAUUUGAGAUAGAUGAAUGGAUUUGGAUAUGUGAUGGAAUUUUUCAAAUUCAAAGUUAGAAUGUUUAUUUUCAAUAACAAAAGGAAAUGUGUAAAAGGAAGUCUUUUGGAAAAAUGGAACUUGUGAUUUCAUUAGUUCUUAUUUUUUGCUUUGAAAAAUGUGCUUAUGUUGCAAUAAAGAAAUGUUAUGGCCCACGCAUUGUCAAGAAAAGGUCAAAAGGGUAUUUUAAAAUGGCAAGCUGGCAUGAGACGUUAUUGCUCAGGCCAAAGACCAUGCACCUUUUGAAUGCAAUACCAUAUGCAUACCAUGUGAUGUGAUCAGAUAGUCUAGACGUUGUAAAUGCUUAGCACAGUAGAACUAACAGUCAUAUGAUUAGCUUAGAUCAUUAUAACCAAUCCCCAAACCAGUAUAACCAAUCACAUUAAUGAAAACUUCUGUAACACUUUUUUUUUUUAACCUAACCUACUGAAUUCUGCAAAUGGAAAAAAAAGAACUGAAGAUUCUAAGCUCAUGUAGUCAUUAUCGUGGCAGUGAUAGUGCUCAGAGUGCGACAGUAAUAUUCUGAGUUAGCAUUAGGGCGGUGAUAGUAUAGAUGCUAAAGACCAGGCGUUCAUCUGCGAAUUGGGAUAGUGAUAGCUUAUGGGAUGCUGCACUGUAUGUUUAGUAUUGUAUGUAUUGUAUUAGCAAUGGAAAGUUGCCCAUUGUAUUAGUAACUGGAGGUUGCCCAAGUGAAAUAGUCAGAUUUAGUUCUGUAUCAAGUAUUUUUGUAUUGAGUAUCGAGAAUUUCCUCGUCUGAAGAAAAAAAGUCAAGUCCAGUCAAGUCUUCUAGUCCAAAUGCAAAAGUAAAAAAAAAACAAUCAUAAAUUACUUAUCACAUUAAUAAUGUCAUUUAGUCUGCAAAACAACCAUCAUAUGUAGCAUGGCAUUCCAAUAUUCUACUUUUGCUGUUGCACUUCAUAACAAUAAAUGUGUUUUUCAUUGGAG